GCUCAAGAAGUUUGCCGGUUACUAUAUUAAAUUAAUAUAGCACAGACAAACUCGAAUUGGGUCUUAUUUUAAGUAUUUUUGUAAAAUAAUCAAAGCUUCCAGCUAUCAGAAUUUUAGGUUUCACUAGACUUUUUAACAAGCGUUCACCAUUAAAACUUUUUAUUAAAUUAAAAACUGGCAGGUAGUGGUUGAGCUACCGUGUCAAAGUAAUUUAAGAGGCAGUGAAAUGUCUUAAAUUUUUUAUUAUAUAAUUACACUAAUCUAUUAUUUUUUUUACUAUUCAAAAUUGUCAAUUAUAAAUCCAUACAAAUUUAAAACUACAAACUGAAGGCAAUGUUUGUUUAUUCAUAAAAUGGAGAGAGAGCACGAGGUGUUAUCAGAAACGGGUACCAAUUGUAAUAUAGCCUCGGUAUCAGAGACAAUGUCGGAUAUCAAUCAAACCAAAUUGGACACUUUGGAAAAAAAGGCUGUUCAUCUGAGACUUGUUUUGGAAAAAGACUUCAAAGCCGCUGAUUUGAAAUGGAGUUUAUUCGUAGCAGCCGCUUUUAGUUUUCGUUAUGAAAGUUGUCUACGACCUUUUCCUCCGGCUUUUAUGAAAAGUGGCAUCAAAGACAUGGACGAAUUGCUUAGUGUAAUCACUGACGUGCCAGCUUUGGAUUUGGUGCUACAACAAUUGGAUAAUUUGGAAGCGUUGCCAAAUAUCAGUGAUAUCAUCGACUUAUUGUUUUACGUCCUUGUGCGACUUAAAGAACCAACAUUAAAAACAGUACCAACGGAUGUGCACGAACAAAUCUUAGCGAUGGCAAAUACUAUGACGACACCAUCGAAGCCGCAACACAUUUUUCAAGUUAUCAGUUCUAACAAAUCUACUGUCGAACUAAAGUGGAAAGAACUGUCCAAAAAUCAUAAUGUAUUUUAUGCGUAUCACGGAAAUCGUUUGGAGAACUUUUAUACGAUUCUCAAUUUUGGCUUACAACAGCAUUUGAACAAGAAUACUUCGCUGGGUAAUGGAGUAUACCUGUCGCCAGAACUAAGUGCGACAAUACCUCACAGUCAUGGAGGCUUCGGAUGGGGGGCGAGUUGUAUCGGAGGUCACUUAUCUUGUGUAGCCUUGUGCGAAGUGGUUGAUGCACCCGAAGGGAUCAAUUACCAAAAGCCAGUCUCCAAUGAAGGUGAUGGACUUUAUAAAGAUGGAAAGACUGAUCAUAUGCGAGUAAAUGGCGAAACACAAGUUACCCAAUAUAUUGUAACUAAUUGUGACUUAGUGAGAAUCCGUUAUCUGUUGGUUUACGCGAAACAACCCGCAUCUUUGAGAUUUCACGCAAGGAAUUCGAAUAGAAAUGGUGGUUUUCGUCAUUGGCUAGCACGUCACAAAUUGCUAUCGAUUCUUCUCGGUUACGGGUUGUUAUUGGCUACCAUUGGCUUUGCCAACAAUCAACCAAUACAAUAUUACUACAAAAUUUUGUUUAAAAAAAUUGACAUGGCUCUAGCUAGUACUAGGGUAUAACAGUACAAUAGAAUCAUGGACUUGGAAUUGGAUGCCUUUGAUUCAUUAACUGGAUUGGAUUGCCUCACGUACUUAAUUCAUAGUUUUUACAAUAAUUAUGUAUUCACUUUCUAAUCAUUAUUUUACAACUUUUCUGUGUUUACUUGUUAUUUUAAAAUUUACCAAUAAAAUUGAUUUUAAAAUGUU